AUGUUGAUUGUCAAUGAUCGACCGGAAUUCAGCAAAGUGGAGGUAUUGAUCAUUGCCGUGAUUGGGCGAGGUUGGGAUAGAACCAGCACAACAUCUUCAUUUCGCCAACGCUUUCGUAACGACAUCCUCUCACAUCACCGUUCGCAGUGGGCAAUCCUGCCGAUGGAGCAUCCGAGUGAAACGUUUGACCGCCAACGCGAUAUUUGGCCGAAAUUUAUGAGAGAUUUUCUUGAAAAGUAUUUGGAUAGAGCUGAUAUGCUGGCAACACCAUUCUGA